AUGGUGGGGAAAGGAAAAGAAGAUGGGAAAGCAAAGGGAAAGAUGGGGCAAUCGGCGAUCCAGGAAUAUGGGGGUAGGGGAGUAGUUGGUGGAGGUGUGGUGAUCAAAGAGAGGCUGGGCAAAAGUAAGAAGGCAAAUGGUGAGGAGAAAGAACAGGAGGUGUUGGGGCAGGGGGCGGCAGGUGAAGGUGGGGAUAAUGAUGGACCCAAUGUUGAGGAGAGUAAGGCUGGAGCUGAGAUACACACACCGAAUCAGGGUGCAGCAAGCGAACGCAAGGUGGCGUUUCAAAUGAAGGCGCCAGAUCCGGAAGAUGAUCCUGAUAAGAAACGUACUACAGGGAUGGUAGCGGAUCUUGCUGAGGACCCUACUCCGGUCAAGAAACUCUGUUUAGAGGAUGUUCCGGAUUCUGAGAUUGAGGACAAGAAUGCAACGGUGGAGGAAGCCAGCCGGGAGUGGCCCUAG